AUGGAACGGACUUUGGCCGAGAACAAAGGAUUGAUCGAUGUGGAGCUGCAGUCAGAGAUUGAUGUGGAGAAACAAAAAUGGCGAGACAUCCUGGAACGACUUAUUCACCGCAUCAAGUUUCUUGCGACGCAAAACCUGGCUCUGCGAGGACACCGAGAAUCCCUCCAGUCGGACGACGCCUCUAACGUCGGGAAUUUUCUUGGACUCCUGAAACUUCUCGCCGCCUUCGACCCUGUCAUGCAAGCGCACCUCAAAAAUGCCAAAAAUCGUCCCGGAUCGACUUCUUACCUCUCGGCAGCCACACAGAACGAGUUUAUCUAUUUGAUGGCGUCUACUGUUCGCGAAAAUAUGCUCGAAACGAUCCGUCAAGCGAAAUAUUUUGGUAUCAUGUUUGAUUCGACCCCUGAUCAAGCACACCAAUCUUUUCUAGGAUUCAUUCAGAUCAACCUGAAAGACGCUGAGAGCUUAGUUGGGACCAUUUUGAGCCAGUUGAAGAAAGACGGUAUGGACCUCCAGGAUUGCCGGUCGCAGUGCUACGACAACGCUGCUGUGAUGGCGGGACACAAAAGUGGUGUUCAACAAAGGAUCAUCGAGAAGAAUCACCUGGCAGUUUUCGUGAACUGCGACAAUCACUCACUCAACUUGGUUGGUGUCAACGCAGCCAAACAGGACGUUAUGAUGAUGGAGCGCAAGGGUGGAAGCGGUGAAGCCCAUCAACAACCACCUCGACGAGAUACUCCAAGUCCUUCAAGCCAUGAUGGAUGGUGCCACGGAGACCACAGACACACGGAGCGAAGCGAGGCAGCUCUACAACAGGAUGUUGACUCCUGA